GCAGAGAAAGAAAAAGAAAAGGGCCGGCGGCGGGAAAGCUGGCCAGGCAGCCAGCUGAGUGAGUCGGCCGCGGGAGGUUGUUCGGGCGGAGGGAGAGGCCCAGGGAGCCCGUCCCAGCGCAGCGGCAAGCAAGGCAGGCAAGCAAGCAGCAGAGGAGGCUCGCCGGCCCCUGCGCACGGCGACGCCGCCGCCAACCUUCGCAGCGAGCGGCAGCAGCAGGCCAGCCAGCCUUCAGCCCUCGGCGCCUCAUCCCUCGCCCACACCACUGGCGGCAGCAGAACAACGACAUGGCCGCGUAAAAAAGCCUGCUGCCUCGCACGCGUCCUCAGCUGAAUAUCUCCCUCUCCUCGCCGCCGCCAGGGGCCGCCGCGCGCGUCCCACGCACGCGGUGCGCGGGUUGGCCGCGAUAACCCCACGUGACCAUAGCGCGCGAAGCACGAUGGGAUCGUCGCGCGCCCCGUCGUCUGCAACACUCACGUCGGGCGCCGCUUCAGUGGGCGAUCAGCCGCUGUUGGUGCCGGUGUGUUAAACUGGGACUGCGUGUCUCCUGAGCACCGCCGUGCGUGCUCCUCUCAGCGUGUCGUCUGCUGCUGCUGCCAGCGUUAAGCACAUCGUCGUUCGUCGCAGCCGAUCCCGGCCUCGACUGUCGUGACUGACAUCCUCGUGUGUUUCGACGCCCGCGAGGGACUGUGCCACGACGUGUCGACGCGACGACGAAGCCGACGACCAGCACGGUUGGAACCGUGAGGCCGUCAUUCCGUGUUCGACGCCAGACGCCUAUGGCAUGGGGGUAGAGGUCAGCCCACUGCAUGCCCUCAGAUUUAAGAGUGCAGCAGCUCCCGUAGCCCCGCCUUUCCAUGUGAGCGCCAUGUUCUCGGAGGCGCAGCCCCGCGGAAUCAAGCGCAAGGCGCACUCGCUCGACGACUUCUCCGACGGUGGCGGUCUCGACGAAGAGGAGGAUGACGAAGAGGAGGACUCGAGCUCCUCUAGCUCCUGCUCAUCGGCCAGCUCGACCACGGGCGGAUGCUCGUCGGGCGAGGACGCCCGCUCCUCGUAUUCGCGCCGCCAGCACGUGGUAUUUAACAUGAGCAUCUGCAAGCUGGCCCGCUUCCGGCAGGCACCCGACCCCAGCCUUCUGCGCUCGGUACUUGUGUGCAACACUUUGCGGGCGCUCGAGCGGGAAAUGAGGCCGCCGAGGGGUCCCGAGCCGGCGACGCUACCGACGGCUGCUGCCACGUCGCCCCAUCACCCCAACCACCCUCAUCACCACCAUCACUCGCCUCACCACCACCACCAUCACUUACACGGCGCCAUCACCAACGGCGGGCUCGGAGCCGGUCACCACCACCUGCCACAGCACCAGCCGUACGGCCCUGCGACGCCCUUCCACAAUGGCGGCUACGGGGACGACUACGACCGGUCGUGCCCUCCUCCUGGGGACAGCGGCCGCCUGACGCCCUUUGUGCGGUCUCCUCCCGAACCGCCGGUUUCCGGACCCCCUCCCACACCCCUGUGGACGGACGAGGACAGGUUGCCGAGUCUCAACUGGAGCUCGGUGCUCAACUUCGGCAGCGGCGCGCCCGUCACGCCGCCGGCGCCCACGGUGGCCGAGCCAGUGUCCUCGGCGUCUGCGUGCGGAAUUACCGACCCCGGGUGCGGCAGCGGCGGCGGCAACGGCUCGGCGCCCCUCUACACCUUGCUGCCCGCGCACAACUCGCCCGCGGCUGCCAUGGUGGUCACUUCCUCGUCGGCAUCUUCCUCGGUGCUGCAGACGAGCCCUUCCUCUUCCUCGUCGUCGCUGGCCAGCAACAGCAACAGCAGUGGCGCAAGCAGCAGCAGCGACGAGAUCUUCGGCGACAUUGACCUGUCCCUGUACGACUUCGACCUGCUCUCGCCGCUGUCCCCGCCGCACGUGAAGCUGGCGCCGGUCAGUGCCGAGGACCUAAUGCGCUCGCUGGCCGCGUCGCAGCAGCAGGCGGCCGACUGCGUAGUCACCACCACGGCCGCAUCCCCGUCAGCCGCCACUUGCCAGCUGGUCGCCUCCUCGGGCCAGCAGAUCAGCUUCGGCUACAAGGGACUCAUGGGUUCCGAGGACCACGUGGCCACCGUCAUGUCCUGAGGGGGGACGCCAUCGGCUGUGUGUCAUCGUUCGUCGUUUCUGGAGAGGCCUUUCUCGUCUUCUGCAGCCUCUUGGUCCCAAUCCUCUCUGCCGGUGUGGCGGAGGACAACGCUUGCUUUGUGUACAUAGGACAGUUGAGAAAGAAGCGUUGUGAGGACGUAAGUGGACUGUAUCGCGCUGAAUCAUCAUCUAAAUAGUGCCGACAUCCACGUUGCCAAAGAGUCGCGACUGCUCAUUGUGUGUUUGCGGGCGGUGCGCUGCUGCUGUGUCUCGACUGUACCGGGUUUCUCGCCCCUCGCAGUCGCGUCGAAGGUCCUCCUGCUCAAGCCGAGAGCGGAUGGACAGGCUUACUAAGCUGGUGAUAUAAGUGCGUUCGAAUGUAAUCAGUUAGUUCGAGGGGCAGGGCAGGUCGGCAAAUAUUCAAACAUCUCCUCCGGCCAUCGUGGCCCCUGGCCUGCCACCUCUCAAGUACUGCGUGGCCCAGCCUAAUAAUCAUCGUCAACCAUAUUCCCGCGUGACGCGAUCGUGCUACGGGCGACGAGUGCCUCUGAAGCAUUAGGAACAGGAGUUCUGCGAUAGUGUCGGUGGUGGGCAAAUCGUCUUCGGUGUAUAAUAACUGUAUACAUCCCCGCUGUACUCUAUCCUAGUCUCUAUUAAUGCACUGAUGGUCUACCAUUCUGAGCUUCCACUAUGACGGCUAGGUGGCCAUUUCGGACGCUGCAUGUUCGCCCGAAUGGUUUUGAAAAGUGGCGCCACUUUCGCAGGUUAUCUACAACUGCGCCCGUUUGUUCGUACAGAGCUCGCCAAGUUCCAUUCAUGCCGGAUGGCUACGUUUCAACCUCUGCAUAUGUAGGGUUCUACGCAGAGAUGGGAAGCUCAUAUGAGCUGUCAGAAAAGUUCGUUUUACGGUUGCCGGCGAGGAAUUGAAGAUAUGACAAGCCACAACAGCCGUGCUAAAUUGUCUUGCUUGCUUCUGCCGCGUUAUGACGGAAACAAAUGGAGCGGAAACGCAAAGAGGCGAGGAGGCAGUGGCGCCGACUACUGGCCGCAGAGCAGACUUGCCCGCCGCCUCUCUUCGAAUCGGGCCGACCGCUUGUUCUGCUUUUUCACACAGCCCAAAAAACCGGGCCCUCGCAUCGGCGUCUCCGUACUCUCCUUUCGGUGGCGGUAGCGGUGGGCUGCGAAAGAGCAACGACCGACGCAGCGGAGAGAUGGCGCCACGCUCGGCAGAGACAUCCUUCCAGACCUCUUUCUCCUCGCCUUCCUUCGCGCCGGUCGCUCCUUUUUUUUUUUCUUAGUGAGUCUCAGAGGCACUCGUCGGUCGCUAAAAUCUCUCUGCGUCGUCUCCGCGGUCGGGCUUUCCAAUUUCGCGCCUCGGCUGCCGCACUGUUUUCACUUGCAGCCGUCGGCGUCAUCGAUGCCGCUACGCACGCGCGUGUCAUUUCUUCUUACGCGGCGAAAUGUGGUGCUGGUUUCGAAGCCGUCUUUCUCGCUUUCUGUUUUAAAUAUUUUGCCGCGGGGUUAUCUCGUGUCUCUCGGGAGAACCAACAGCAAGGCCCGUAUAAAGCGUACCGAGACCAAAAAAUUGUUACUAGAAUCGUACCUACACCGGGCUUAUCUCGUGCUGUCAAGACGCGCCGCUGGCGUAUUGGCAAAGUGUCAAAAGUGACAAAUUGGAGAAAUUAUGGCUGAAAUUGGAAGGGUUGGAAACUGCGCAUGAGCAGCUUUGAUCUUGACAGUUAGCUUCAACGUGCUUCGAUUCACUCCUGCGAACCACUUACAGCGCACGCGCAGUCGUCGCGUCGAAGCAGGUGCAUCUCAGUUCGUCGUAAGCUAAAAGUUAACUGAAAGUCUGCUCUGCACGACGUUAGCCUACUGAAAUAAAGACGCUGCAAUUUGAGCGUCACAUUAUGGUUGGCGUCGUCGCAAGUUUCCGUGAUUAGCUUCGAUUGCGUAAUUAGCCGGGUACGCUGGGCAUUUCAUAGAAUGCGUGGUCUCCCGGUGACGUCGGUGACAAUCUGGGGCACAGAUCGUGUUCUACGGGUAGUCCCAGGAAGACGUGCAGCGUGUCUUCUGAGACGGGUCACGCAGUUGACACCCUUUUGACUCCUCGCGCGUCUUCCUACGGACGGCGUCGGCGCCCCAACUUUUUUUGGUGCGAACUGCGUGUUUUCCGCGGCCUUACAUAAUAACAGCGCAUGUGACUUACCAGACAGAAGCCAGCGCCAUGUAUCGUCUCCCAAAGCUUGCUUACGUGUUCCGCGAAGCCUUGUAUGUAGCCGUUGGUGCGCGUUUAGCUUAUCUGCGAGUUGCGUCGUCCGAGCUUACGCGCACACUCUGCCAGGGGAAGAAAAAAAAUUACAAAAAAAUGUUGGGAGGAAGGGUAUGGAUAGUUGAGUAAGCAGCCAUUGUUGACGGUUGACCGCACAGCCGCAUGCACUCCACUGGGAAGAAAAGGUGCCUUUGUUACUGCGUUACACCUCCUCAUCUCGUAGUUUACUCCUUAAAAGGGUGCAUACCCCGUAGAGGUGCAAAACAUUCCCCCAAAGGCAUUCAAAAAAGUUUAUUUUUGCGUGUACUUGGACCUGUUCGAAGUCAAACAGCGAUAAUCGCAUUUAAUUCGUUCAAUAGCAGGAGUAAUACGACGAGGCGAGGCGAACACCGGGAGGUGUAAAAUGUGCACGUUUUUCGCACCCCCCCUUUUCUUCACACUCAAUGCAGCGGUAAAGCGUCGCUUGAGACCACGGCAAAGUGGCAUCUGCCGAAACUCGACUUGGGAACUUUGUUUUUCCGUUUGUGAUAAAAAAAAGAAACAAACCCCGUUAAACUGUGAUAGGACGCAUCAACUCUCUCGGACCACGCAACUUUUAAAGCAAGAAUGAAAAAAAAAAAAAAACACUGUACGUUCUCGCGUUCGAUGCCAACAGCAGCGACCACACGGCAGCAUUUGGUGGUGUUGUACAUAUUAUAUCAUCUUUUAUUUUUUACGCCCAGUCUUGCCGCACUUUCUUUUAGUAUCCUUGUUGUGCUUUUGCCGAUAGAGAAGAGUAUUACCAUUCUUAUUAUUGCGAUCACCAUUGUAUGUUUAAUCUCUUCGGCGAAGUAUUGAUAACUGAUGUAAAUAUGUGCGCAUGUUCAGUUGUUUUAUUGAUUUUCUUUCCUCGAAUAAUUUGUUGUUUUCCACAACACAGCCGCACGAAAUCGCCUUGUAUAUACAUAGAGUACAUAUGUGUAUGUGCGCGUACGCGAGGUUUCACUCUGUGCAUAUAAUUGUGUAAGGGCUGGAUCAGCACUGUAGAAAAAGCACUGCCAACUCUCGAAGUGCCUCCUAAGAUUUCUUUCGGCGCGCGAACGAUCAAGACGUAAAGUCCAGUAUCGAGAGAUUUAGUUUCUUUAUCCAAAAAGCGUUUACCUUAAUCCAAUAGCAACCAUAAAAAAGAAACCUAAAGCGUGUCUAGCCAUCCUUUGGUGCGUGGCCACGCUAGUUUCACAAACGAAUCGGCGGUGAACUUCCUUGGCGCUUGAUCCAGAAAUUUUAUGUAUGACUCCAGGAAUGGGAUGUCAAGUCCUCUCAGCUUGCUGCUUGCUAAGCAAGUUGGGAACGAAAGCUGGAAGGUCGCCUCUCGAGAGUUGGCAGUCGUGCACUGUGAGAGCUGGCCAGCCUGUGUUAUGUUUUUUUUUUCUGUUAUUAUCCCGUGAGACAGCUCAAACUAAAUACGCAUUAUAUACAAAAUCCUUUGGAGACGAACUGAACCUUCACCUAGAAAAUAUUCACGCUCAUUAUUGUUUCUUUUUUUUUUUUUUUGUGCAGACCACGCAGAAAUGUAUAUGUGAUGCUCGUGUUCUUUUAUUUGCACCGAAAUUAGCUUCAUUGGGAGAAUUGCGUUAUACAAAGAUUUGACAUUACAGUUGUGUUAGACACAAUAGCCGUCGCUGUUCAUUGGAGGCAGGCAAAAACUACGGCUGCCAAAAACACAAGCCCGUAAACUGAACCGCGAACACAAAAUUAGUUCACUGCGACUUUCUAACGUUCAUUUGCAUGGUGCAAACGAAAGAAUGUCUCUCAUAGUCUCCGUCAAGGAAUUAUCGACACAUUUUUUGUUGUCACUGAGCUACGUAGAACGUAUAAACGCGUACAAAUUUUACGAAGGCUUGUUCUGCGCUUACGCCAUAGUCUGUGCAUAGCUAAUGCCGAACUGUCCGGUCUGUUUCAAGUGCAUGAUAAUCACGCCGCGGUGCAAUGCUGUAUCUUAUUAUUUACGAGUUACAAUUAGGAAGGCAAUUAUCACAUUCUUUGUAAAGUCAGGGCAAAUGUUUACAGUUUAUUGCAAAUUGUUUUUUUCGCGUUGUAAUACGUAGCAUGCCAUCGCAGCAAUUUAUUUCUUGGCUGCUUUCAUGGAGGAGUUUUUCUGUAUGUUAGUCCACGCUACAAUGUCAACAUACCUGAGACAGGCAGUCAGCACAAACAUAUUGCUCACAUCGCUUGUUUUGUUUGCUUAAGGUGUUUAAUGGACGGUCUGGUUCUGUACGGUGUGAGCUAUACAAGUCCACGCAGUGCCAACAACGGUAAAUUUUCCAACAAAAAAUGUUGCACGACUUCACGAAAGCUUCCCGAUCGGCUGGCCGGACAGUGUACACCCCUGCGUCGCGUUUAAACUUCCGAUUGGCUAACGUCGCAUAAAGCCACGUCGUUGUCAAAAAGUCGGAACGUCUUCGCACUUGCCAGCGCUCCCUGUGCUCAUGUUUUCUUUUGAUUUUUCUUACACCUACGCACGAAAUCAAUGCUGCUUAAAGGGACUCUGUUUUCACAGCUUUCGCGUUGUGUGGGGGCCCGGGAUAACGAAUGGCGCGGCAGUCUAAACGUCUGUAGCGCGGAUCUCGGAGGUCACCGUGAGGCUCCGCCAAUCGGUGCGCUACUUCUCACCAAGGCGCGACUGCAGCGCCUCCAUUCGUUGUUGUCGCGGAGCUCGGGCGUCGUCGACGAGCUAUGCGAAAUGGCCCGUUCUCGCGUCGUUGGUGGCACGAGUCGCACUUAAAACAACGCCAGCUGUAGAUCUCAGUUGCUCGCCAGGGAAGGCAGCAAGAUGAAUUAUCCGCGCUCGACAGCAGCCUGAUCAACUUAACCGCGUUUCCAUCGUAGCCUUCGCUACGCACAUCCUGCAUGAACGACGUGAACACACUCAACACAGACAGAGACAUUUAUGCUGUGCAACCUAUACGCACUUUCUGAAGCAGCCCCGCCUGUCGCACUUUUACCGUCUCCACAUGAUGAGAAAUCAAAGCUUCAAUCAAGACGGUAUAGGCAGCUGUGUCUCAUGCCCGAUCGCCUCGGAAAGAAGGGACGCUUCUUGCGAAAGCAAUAAUGUUGCGGUGCCGCUCUUUUGUCAUUGCUACCUGUCUUCGUGUAGUUCUUGCAAUAAAGGGGGCGGGGCACCUCAGUUAUUGGUUGAGAUACAGCUUUGAGGGCAAUACACACCAAGUUCAUCGCGGUAGUCGCGGGAUGAAGAGGUGGGGCCUUAAAUUUUCUCAUUCGAGUCAGUUCGGAAGGAUUUGGUAAUGUAAAGAAGAGAUAAGAACGCGGCACGAUUAGAUAGGAACACCCGUCUCGUCCCUUAUGCUUGGUUCUCAGAAACAGGUGGCCCGUUACCCUAUUUUAUACUUCAAGGCCUGCAAGGCCUUAUCUACUUCGAAGGUAUCUGCGGUAGUGUCACUUCAAAGGAAUAAUCUGAUAAGCAUGCACAUUAACAGCUCCUGCCACAGAUGUUAACUGCAGCUUACCUGAGUCGGCAUGGCUGUGCCGGAGUCUAAAUCCCCUGAUACCGCUGAAUGACACGACGGACAGCCAAAAGCGAAACCACUGCGAAGGAGUUUGAUCCUGAUUGGGGCACGAUUCUGAACAUGGCGAAAUGACCCUUUGUUUCUGCAGUCAUUCUUCCACACUCAUUGACAACUCGCUUUCGUUAGGCUUGGAUCAGGGCAAUUCCCAUCGGUUGGUAGUGGUUGUGUAUUUUAACAGCACAGACGCUUAUUAGGCGACAGUUCAGGAGAUUUCAGCCAUUUUUGACACUGAAGCUUCUGUCUCGCUAGCGAACAUUGGACGCUAUUGCUUGUGGUCUUUCGUCUUCCUUUAUUACUUCAAAAAACUGUAAUGCGGUGUCAGAUCGUUAAAGGUCCGAAGGCACACAACGAGUUGGAACUAUAAUUAGGGAAUGCCCGGAUUUGAACCCCAAGUGGAGAGACAAGCGUAAAAAGAAUGGGGCGGGCCGGCAUAGGCGUUUCAAGAAAGUGCCUUUGUGUUGGGAGAUUCUAGUGAGGAGGAGGAGGAAGUAACUUUAUUGCCCUAGAAAGAGUAAUUCAGCGGUCGGGCCGGAUGUCUUCAUCUUCUAUUGGUUGAUGCCGAUCUCCGGCCUGCAUGGUUGGCGCCCCUAUUCCAGGGCACCACUGAGCGUGGCUGCUCGUCGGGCAUGUGAGACUGAAAAGAUGCGAGGGUCAGAAAGAAGGUAGCGUGAGUAAAGGGACCGAGCGACUUAUCAUCUUGUUGCAAUCUUGAAAGGUCAGUUCGAGCAGAGCGCUUUUAACCUUGUCCACGGUCCUUUCAAGUGAAACGCAACCAGCGCCUACUGUAGACUCCCGUGGUGGAUGCGCAAAUGACGCCUCGUGCGGCAGUGUCUUGCGUCAGGUUACGCCUAAACACACUGAUCUCAACUGCGUUCAAGAGUGUGUGGACGAUAGUCGAUAUGCGCACGGCUGCUGGCGUCAUUUCACCAAUCGGUCGUUAUCUAUUUCCUCCCAACACAUUUGUUCUUAUUCAGCCGAACAGCUGAGGUGGUCUGGAUGUCACCGUUUUCUUCUCACGCCCUUACAUGCUUCAAGGAAUAGUCUCUAGUGCGCUUCCGGUAACAUGUUCAUCGUGACGUCACGGGCUUAAAAGAAUGGGCAGCUGGGUUUGAGUCUCUCUAAAGUGUUCAGAACGUCAGGUGUCCCAUUACGAUGAAAGAAUACCUUCGACGGGAGCAGUUCUGGCAAGACUGUUGAAUGCUUUCGGGUCAGUGGAGGUGCACGUAAAAAGGUGAUAGUGCGGACGGCACCGUCAAACAAUCGCUCAGCUUCAUCAGCCAACAAUCUAGUACGUCAAUUAGAAUGCUGGCUGUGCGUUCGGUAGAGCUUAUAGUAAGUCGAUGGUCGGCAGGCGGAGUGUCUGUGCGAGACAGAGAUAUACAGGGUGCUGUGCCAUGCGCUUGUCAUACAGGAGGUUCCGCGACGCCAGACGGGAUAUUCAGUGCUUUCUCUCUUUAUUGAUUUAUUGAAGACAAUAUUCAAGUUGUCUUAGGGAACACGGCUGAAGGCAAAGAUUUGCCUGACUAGACCGUGCUUGCUGGUAGAACAAAAAAAAAGAAGAGUUCGGAAAAAGGACGUCAAAUCUCGUCAGCACCAGUAAUGCAGCUACCAAAAACAGGUUAUUACGAUUCCGAAAUUAAUUUCAGCCUUCACGUGGUGUUCGCGGCCAGCCAGGUUCCCACAUCUCGUCAAUGGACGCUGCUAAGUGCUCAUGCUUCAAUCGUUCCUCACAGUCGGCAGUGUGGGGGAACGGCCUGUGGAGAGUUAAAGGUUCAAUUCGGCGGAAGUUUUCAAAUAACCAUGAGAAUCGAUGGUGCAGCAGCGGCUCGGAUUCAGCCUUCGUCGAACAAAUUGGUACCAGGCCGUCUUCGCAUGACGACGCCUAUCCAUGACACGUCCGACACAAGACAAAAAAAAAAAAAAAACGGCUGCUGUUUGAGAUAUGAAACACACAAAUUGAACGAAAUUCUUGCGGAAGUCGCCCAAAUGCUCACAUCCGGAUCGUGUUCUGUUCUGGUUUGCUCAGUGGCUAAUCGCGCGCUUACUCCCGCGUCGCUCAACCAAUCGCUACAAGUGGUGGUCCUAGACCACACACCUCCUCCCUCGCCCCAACCCUAGACAACCGACGGUGCCAUUCCUAAGCAGGCGACAAGGAGUACAUAUUGCCCCAUGCGCACUGCAUAUUUGCCGCCACCUAUGUCAAACCGUGAAAAGCUCAUUAAGUGGCACAGCCUCUUUCUUUUUUCUCCAAUGUACUUCAGUCUUGAAUCGUCGAGUUCGUUCACAGCCUUUCACUGUACAAUUGCUUCGCCCGAUAAGUGUGACAGAAGCGAUGAAGUAGUUUCAGCUUGUCUAAGGUGCGAGCAUAUUUAACGGCAGAUGUCCAAUAUCAAAAUCGGUUCAGAGAAGUGAUUUGAGACCCAGUCACAAACCGCAAACUAAACGCUACAAGACUGAAAGCAACCGAUAUCUCCGUUGCCGACCGGUUCCUCCAACCGACUGCGCGAAGAUGGGAUUUCUUUUUUUAACGAGCAACUCGCGGCAGGCAGCGACAAAGCAACUGAUAACAGAGGUGCGUGAAGAGAAUAGAUUUAUAUUAUAUAUACAUUAUAUAAAUAUAUUAUAUAUAUACAGAAAUGUGCUACAGGACGAAUAAGACUGAGUAAAAAAUGAACGAGGAUAUAUUAUAAAUAUAUUUAAGGGAGCGCGAUGUUAUAAAGUGUAAUAUAUAUUAUACAUAUAUGAAUAUACGUCAAAUGCAGUCACAGCCACACAACACGUGCACACGUACACUCACUUUUAAACCACACAUGGUCAUAAUCAUCUUUCUUCCCGAUCUCCUCCUCUUUCGCGAUACGAAAGGACUUUUGCUUUGGUCAUGUUGUUUUCUUUAUUUUUUUUUUCAUCACUCACUGUCGAACGCUUUCGUUUGCUUAACGGGUGUUGAUUCUGUACCGUCUCCUAUUUCCUCCGAUUUCUCGAGCUGUGGAAUGCACAGGAAAAACGAACUCUGAAGCCACGACAUCUUUUUUGCCAUAUAUUGUUACUGUUUAUGAAAAAUGUGCCACGCGAAAAAAAAAAAAGUGUCGUGGUGAUAAAAAUGACAAAAAAGAAGGAAAGUCUUAUUGAGUGAGAGUGAGAGAGAAAAAGAAAACGUGUUACCGCUGUGAAUAAAAAAAUGAACUGCGGGCUUGA